ACCAGCCCAUGCGAGAGGUAGUGUCCGCCGUCCAGGAUGCAGACGCUGUGGAAAUGUGCAAACUCAGCAAAGUUUCAGAUACGGAGGUUGAAGUAACAGCUGUUACUCCGCUGGAGACGGAAGAACCUAUUGUGACCCGGAAGGAAUUAUGGAGCUACUACUUGUACUGCAACGCAGACAUGGGAGUUGGGCCCAUGAACUGGUCCAUGACACUCUUCCAGAGUUUGGCAACAUCCGCUGGCUGGGACCCUUCUCAAGGGCCCGGGUCUACGUGCACAACCUCCGGGCCAUGCGUCGUCCCAUGGGGAAGCGGCACCAAGUCUGUCAGCUCCGUCGUGCUUAUCGCAAACGGUCUCAGCUUUGCAAUUAUGUCAAUCUCGUUCACGACGUUUGGCUCAGCAGCCGACUACGGCAAUUUGGGACGGUGGUUUCUGCUCGGCAUCACUGUCAUCGGUUGGGUUGCCCAGUUUGCAAGCAUGGCCCUCACGAAACCCUCGCGAUGGGGAGCCGCGAUGGCCAUCUUCAUCAUUUCCUAUGUCUCAUAUGGUGCAUCCCUCGUUCUUAUUUCUGCAAUCUUCCCGCGGCUUGCGCGCAACACUCCACAUGCUCGGUAUCUGCGCGAGAAGCUCAAGAACCAAGAGAUCUCCAUAGAGGAGUACGAAGUUGAAGAGAGCCUAGAGAAGAACCGAAUCAGUAAUAUCAGCUCGUGGCAUAGCAAUAUUGGAUUUCUCUUUGCCCUAAUACUCGACCUGGCCACUUUGCUGCCGCUCGCGAACAAUCCCCUAGUCGACCAGUAUACGAUAGUUAUAACGAACAUGUAUUGGGUGGUCCUCGGUGUAUGGUGGUUCAUCUACCAACAGCCUCGACCUGGACCUCCGCUACCCUCUGGCGAGCAUUACCUGACUAUCGGCUGGAAGCAAAUCUGGGUGGUUCUGAAGCAAUGGAAGAAGCUGCCGUUCACUUUCGUGUACCUCUUCGCGUUUUUCCUGCUCUCUGACGGCCUGAACACCACCGGCACGCUCAUUUCGAUAUGCCAGAAUGACCUGUUUGAGUUUUCCUUUCUCCAGAACACUUAUCUUGGCAUUGCGCAGGCUUUCACUGGGGUUGUCAGUACGAUCGGCUUCUGGUGGAUCCAAAAGUACUGGAAGAUCUCGACAAAGAAAAUGUUCGUAGUCACCAACGUCGUCACAGUCCUCAUCCCAAUUUGGGGUAUGAUUGGACUGUGGACAACGAGGUUUGGUUUCCACCAAGUUUGGGAGUACUGGGCGUUCAAUGUUAUUUUCGGUCUGUUCCAAGCCCCGUACUACGCCUACUCGCAGACCAUGAUGGCAGAACUCGCGCCGCCUGGUUUCGACAACAUGUUCUUCGCACUAUUCGGCCUCUCGAAUCGCGUGUCGUCGAUAAUCGGACCGAACGUUAUUCAGGCCAUCAUCAACGAAACGCAGAACAACUGGGAAGGCUUCCCGUUCCUCGUCGCGCUGUGCACUGUGGCUAGUCUUGCCAUUUGGUUCGGCGUGGAUGUGGAGAAAGGUCGCCGAGACGCUGCUGCGUGGGCAGAGCAGAACCGGUCGUACGCGAAGACGGGUAUGUAUGCCAAAGAGGACGCGUCGGAGUCGCUGGACUCGACGGACAGUGAGGGAAAGGCUUGAGAUCGAAGAUCUAUCUUGCGAGAAUUCAACAGUACUUUGGUCAGUGAAUGAUCGUAAAUGCAUGAUGCUUGAGAAGAUAUUCUUGCGCGCCGUACGUCUGAAACCCGCUCGUGC